GGACUUAUCCGGCUGUACCGUGUGUGUUUGGCCAUGUGGAAGACAGCAGCGGAGAAGUUUGUUUUUAGAUAGCCACCUGUGUUUGUUUGGCACUACCAACGUUUUUGCGCGAGCGUUUAGUUCUUUUAAGCCGACGCUUUCUCUUCUUUUUUUAAAUCCAGCUGCGCGAGACACUUCAACGGUUAUUUCAAAAGGAGAGUGUAGCAGCCAUAAAGUGUUUGGCUGAAUAUAUUUUUAAAAACGUUUCCUCCUUAUUAAACGAUAAAGUGGUGGUCAUUACUUUUUUUUUAAAAAAAAAAACAACCUUUCUUUUUAAUAUAUACAUUCAUAUAUAUUUUUUUAAAUUGAGCUUGUCCGGGUCGCCUCGUCGCCAUGGAGAGGCUCGACUGUCACUCAGCAACCAAGGAAUAUCCGCAUCCAUUCGUUCACGAGGUGACGCUGACCACAGCGCAGAGGAUCAGGGGAAUCAUCCUGGGUAGCAUCCUCUUCCCCCUGCGCGUCCUCCUGGCGGCUAUUUUCUUCCUCAUCAUGUGGCCCCUUGCCCGGCUCCGCUUGGCCGGCCUGUCCGAGGAGGAGCGCUCCCGGCCCGUCCGAGGCUGGCGGCUCUGGCUCUUCCACCCGAUCAUCUGGUUCCUGAGCCGGGCCGUUUUCUUCUCGCUGGGUUUCCUCUGGGUUGAGGUCAAAGGUCGCCGGGCCAAUCUGAAGGAGGCGCCCGUGUUGGUCGUGGCACCUCACAGCGGCUUUCUGGACAUGCUGGUCCUGUGUCCCACCCAGCUGGCAACUGUGGUGUCGCGGUCAGAGAACACGAGUCUGCCCGUCAUAGGAGCUCUGCUGGAGUUCAACCAGUCUGUGAUUGUGAGCAGGAAGGAUCCACAGUCAAGGAAAAAGGCGAUUGCUCAGGUCACUGAGAGGCUGACGUCCAACGGACACUGGCCUCAGAUGCUGAUGUUUCCUGAAGGAACCACUACUAAUGGCCACUCUCUCAUCAAAUUCAAACCGGGUGCCUUCCUCGCUGGAGUCCCUGUCCAACCUGUUUUGUUGCAUUACCCCAACAAGCUGGAUACCAUUCGAUGGACGUACAAAGGAACAACCUGGACUGAGGCGCUGUGGCACACCACCUCACAGCUGUACACCAACGUGACUGUGGAGUUCUUGCCAGUUUACAAACCAUCCCAGGAGGAGAAGAAUGACCCCAACCUGUACGCAGACAACGUUCAGAAACUCAUGGCCAAGGCCUUAGGAGUCCCAGCUACAGACUAUGUGAUGGAGGGCCGAGUUCCUGUGCUUAAACUGGGUGGUCUCUCUCUCCCAGUGGAAUCUCCUGCCACAGAAACCUUGUCACUGCUGCACAGAAACGGUUUGGGAGCACGUGAAGUCGAAGCAGUGCUGGACAAAAUGAUUGACAGGUGUCAGUCAGGACCUGAGGGGUCAAAGACCAGUGUGGAAGAACUCGCCUCUAUUCUCACAUUAACAGAUAAACAGACGGCCGUCCACAUCUGUGGCCUCUACUCCAAGGACAACACUGUGGACCUCAGACAGAUCUACAUGAGUGUUUCUGCCCUCUCUGAAUUUACGAGUUUCAAGUCAAUACUUCACACUGCUUUCACUCUGUUUGACAAAGAGGGCCGAGGCAGUCUGAGUGCAGAGGAGCUGUCUGAACUCAUGGGGGCGCUCCUUGGUAUUCCUCAGCAUAACACUGCUGAGCUCUAUGCUGAGGCCUCCAUCCAAGGAAAGCUUACUGAAGAAAAUCUGCUGCGAGUGCUGACGAGCCACCCGACCUAUCACAAAGUGGUGAACGAAUACCUGCAGCCCAAAGAGGCAGGCUCUCAGCUGGCCAAUGGGAAGGCAGUGAACAACAAUGGAAACAUGCACAACAGCAAUGGACUCCCUGAAAACAAGAAGAAGUUUGAAUGAGAGCGUUUUCUCCUUCCCUGGAUACGCAAAUGGACGGAUGGAAUAACUGACGAGGGCUGUAUUUUUAAUGUUCUGUGAUUUAUUAAUGUAUUUUUAAGAUGACUCUGAAAAUCUAGGAAGCUAUAGUAUGAUGGUGUGUGUGUGUAUGUGUGUGAUACUGGUUUGUAUGUAUGACCUGAAGGUGUGUGUUUGUUUACACGUGUGCCUUUUUAAUUAGUCUUAACAAGUCUUCUUCACGUUGUUGUUGUUGUUAAAGGACUCACUCACUUUUGUCACUUGAAGCCAUAUGUCUUAUUUAUGAAGUUUCUCCUCAUCACUGUUUUCUAAGGGACACUGUGUGCAAAAAGAAACACUUUAUGUGAAAGAUUUAUAUUUUGUGAAUAUUGUUUAUGUUUAAGAAUAAAAUUGAACUGUUUUCCAAA